AUGCCUGCCGAAGCCAAGCACACAAAGACGUUGAUGGGUAACGGUACCAUAGACAAGCGUAACGAGAAUCUCAACCAUAUUGGCGCUGUUCACGAUCCCGCCUCGGCCAGAGGACCCCAUCUACAUCCAGUUGGGAUGUAUCACGAGCUCCAACGUCUCCAUGCCGACGCCAUCCAAAAGAACACCACAAAAUCACAUCCUUCGACAAGAAAUGGCAAUCUCAACACCCAACGUCCGGACCAACCGAGAAGUGCUUCUGUGGCCGAAGCAGCACAGAACGAGUACCGUCAUCCCACCCUACCGGUGUUGGAGAGAUCUGGAAUGCGCCACUGGUACACCGAAGGGCCACAUGAUCAGCCGUGGAAUUCCCUUCAGCUUGGAACUGGUGCUGCAUAUGAGCAUGAGCACAAGAAAGCAUGA